AUGUGGACACAUAUUUGUGUUAUUGCAAACACUAACUUUUUUUAUAUACUUUCUGUGCUCCACAGCUACAGGCUGGUAACAAAUCCUCCUCUGAGUCAUGACUUUCAAUCAGCUGUGAACUCUCUUCCCCCCUACUCCUUUAAAACUGGGGUCUCCUAUCGUAACCUGAUUGACACUUAUGGUACACAUUACAUUACACAAGUGUUGCUAGGAGGAGAAAUCAAAGCAAUCACUGCUGUCAGAACCUGUGAGGCAACUAUGAACGGAAUGACGGCGACAGAAGUCAGUGACUGUUUGUCAGUCGAGGCCUCAGCGACCUUUGCACAGUCUGCGAGUAUUGAAGCCAUGACAAAACACUGUGAGGCAGAGAAGAAGAAGCUUGGCUCUGGUCAAAGAUUUAGCAGUGUAUUUAAUGAGCGUGAGACAGAGGUGACUGGAGGAAACAUCGAUGGAGCCGAUGUCCUCUUUCAAGGCCAAUCCAACCCCUCUGUCUAUAACAGCUGGCUGAACUCACUGAAAACCGCACCCGAUGUCGUCCGAUACAACCUAAAACCUCUGCACACCAUCCUGCCAAGCGGUCAUCCUGCCAGCGCUGGGCUGAAGCGAGAGGUGGAGCAGUACAUCAAGAACAAUGCCGUAGUGAAAAAAUGUUCUGAGUCCUGUCUGAUUGGGCACAGAUCCAGCAAGAGGGAUCUUUGUGCUUGUGUCUGCAACAGUAACCAGAAUGUCAAGUCAAACUGUUGUCCUGCUGGGAAAGGUCUCGCAACACUGAAAGUAUUCAGGCUUUAUGCUCAGGGUCUGUAUGGUGACAAGUGGACUCAGACAGAUGGUUCAGUGGAGGUUAAUUAUGAUGGUCAGACAAAGCGCACAGUCAUCAUUAGUAACAACGACAACCCUGCAUGGUCAGAAAAGUUUGAAUUUGGACAGAUCAAAAUUAACAUGAUGAACAAACUCACAUUCAGGGUUUAUGAUGAGGACACUUACUGGAACAGCGAUCUGAUUGGUAGCUGUUCAUUCGACCUCCGCAGUGGGAAGGUGACAGACAGCUGCAUGUUUAACCAUGGCACCUUCUUCUUUUCCUACGUAGUCGAGUGUGCACCAAGCCUUAGUGGACACCAGUGUCAAGAGUACAGCCCUUCACCCAUGAGUCCGUCUUUGGCUGAGAUCUUCCACACCAGAAACGGGAUUCUUGCUGGAAAGUCAGGCAUGAAUUCCACUGCAUCAGUCAGUCAGGCAGGUUGAGGAGCACUGGUG